AUGUUAAAAUAUUUAAGAGUACGCAAUCCAGACUUUGCUGAUCGACAGUAACCUAGUAUCUUUAUUUUCUUAUUUUUAAAGGUUCUAUUGAUAUAUUAGAUUUAUAUUCUGUAAUUAUUAGAGAUCAUUAAAUUGAAGACUAAUUAAAACAUAUUUUAGUUAAAGACACAUAUGAGUAAAAAUAAUUAAAUAGACUUAGAUUUGAAACCAUUUAUAAAUCAAAUAUAACCAAUAUGGAACUUUAUACGCAAUUAAUUUAAUAUAAUGUUGAUGCUUUUAUUGAUUUGCAGUCUUUUAGAUUUUUGCUUAAAGGAGAUAUUAAAAGUGGAAGAACUCAUUGUUUAAUUGGCGCACCGUAAGAUCCAGGAUUAUUAUUAAUAUUUACUGGACAUGUUUUUUAUCGAUUAGAAGAAUUAAAAAAGCUUGAGAAAAAUGACACUUUUGAAAAUAGAUUUAACUAUAAAAUGUUUGUAUAAUUAAUAUGAAAAUUAAGCUAAAAUGUUAUACAAGAGAAAAUAAUCAAUAUUAUGAUUUAUUAACCAAUUGUAAAGAACCUUUGAUUGAUUUUGAAAGUGUCAUUUCAUUUGAUUCCCAACUGUCAUUUUUAAAACUACUUAGAAUCAUUCUCAAAAAUAUUGACUAAAGAGUAUUUAUUACUAAUAUUAAGUUUAUAGAAAUUUGAAACUGCUAAAGAAUAUCAUAUUUAUUAAUAAAACUAAGGUUCUUUUAGAUUGGGUUCAGUAACCUUUGAUUUUAUACUUGAAAAAACAUCAACAACUUGGUAUGGAGUCUAAGAAAUUAAAAGUGCUCAUUUUAAAUUUGAAACUAUAGAUCUUUAAACUCCAACAAUCGCAUAUGAUUAAGAUAGAGUUAUUUACUUUUUAAAUCCUGCAUUAAAAUAUCAAAACAGUACUAAAACAAUCCUUCGAGAUUCAAAGUUUGCUAAAGUUUAAAAAUAAACUGAAAAAAUAGAUAUUUAAAUAAUUAAGAAUAAAUUUAAUUUUAGUAAUAGUUUCUAUAAAUUUAGUUUUAAGAUCAAUAAAAAUAAUUAAAAAUAGAGAUAUUUUAAUUCAGCUAUAAUCUCUUUUUAAAUAAUUUAAGAAGGAAAUUGAAAAGCUAAAUUUAAUGUUAGAUUUAAAGGCAGAUAUAAUUGAAUAAGUUUAAUAACAAUUAAAAUUGGAUAUUUAGGCAAUAGGAAAAGUAAUCACAUCAGUUGAUGUUAGAGUAUAUAAUUAAUUUUAACAUAAGGAAUUUCUAUUAUCUAAAUUUUUACUUUAUUAAGUAAGCGAAUCUUUCGAUAUUUGUUUGCCAUACUAAAAAAAAAUUGAAGCAAUUUUAGUGAAAAUUCGAAAAAUACAAAAAUAAAAGUUUACAUUAUCUGCUGAUUAUAAUGAUACUUGUUUAGAAACAAGAGUAUUUAAAGAUAUAAAAAGAAAUUUGUAAGACAUUCUUAAUUUCAUAAAAGAUGAAGUUCAUACUGAAUAGCAUAGAGCUUUAAAUUAUUAAACAAUAAAAAAUUAUAUUUAGGAAGAUUUUGUUUAACAAUUACCAGAACUUUAAAUAGAUGAUAUAAUCCAAGUUGAGAUAACAUAAUAAAGUACUAAUUCUUAGUUGCCUUUAUUGGAAUAAAAAAAACAUAACAGAUCAAAAUAAAAUUCUCUUUUUAUUGAAAAAUUUAAGAAUGGCGACAAUGUGCUUAGCAUUGAUUAAACUUUAAAAUUAAUUAAAUAAACAGCAAGAUCGAAUUUAGGUAUUUCAACUGGAAGAAGUCAUAUACCACGUUUAAAAACAGAUAAAGGAAGCAUAUAAUAAUAAUCAACAAAAUAAUAAUUAAAAUUAAUAAAGAUUGAUAUAACACCAAGAGGUAUGACUCUUUAAAGUCCAAUGUUUAUCAAUUUGGAUACUGAUAAAACUUCUUUGAUGGUUUAAAAAUAAAAAGAAUUUAAAAACCCAGAAGAUUAUAAAAAAUUGAAUUCUGUAAUAAACAGUAAUUCUAAAAUUUUGAAUACUAUGAGUUAAUUAAGCAAUGAUUAGUUAUAAAAUAGUGUUUUGUCAUCUGAAGAAAUAAUUAAAGGGUUUUAAAAUAAAGUAAAAUUGAGUAAAUGUAAAUAAAAUAAUUUUAUGAUUAGAAUAAUCAUUGUAUAAGAUGCCUAAUCUUUCUACAAAUUACUUAAACUGUUUAGAAAGAAUGGUUAAUUUAGAUAUAAAAAGUAAACAAUGA